AACUCAUGAACUUACUCAGUCCCUUCCAGCGAGGAAUUUGCAACGACCCUCAUCGAUUUUCCUCUAUAUAUAUUACUCCUCAGCUCUUUUAUUUAGACUCACACAAGCUCUAGGGAAUAAACCAAGAAAUUAUAUACGUAUACCCAUUAAUUAUGAUGAAAUCUUCUUCACAUCUUUCUGCAAUAUUCCUAUUGUUCUUUCUCCUUACUGCCCUAUCCCCUUCGGAUGGAGUUUCAUUCUCUUCAUUCCUAAAGCAAUUAAAACAGAAGCUGGAGAAGAGUCCCACCCUAAAAGAUUUCCUGAAACCCACCACUAUAGGGGAUAUUUAUUAUACGUUGAAUUUCACAGAAAUCUUCUCUUCCGAAGAGAGAAGCGCACCACCGGUGUCUCUCAUCAAAGAUUACUUAUCAAACUACGGCUACAUUGAAUCCUCUGGGCCAUUGAGCAAUUCGAUGGACCAAGAAACAAUAAUAUCAGCCAUUAAGACCUACCAGCAAUAUUUCAGUUUGCAACCCACCGGCAAACUAAACAACGAGACUCUUCAGCAAAUGUCGUUCCUACGAUGUGGCGUCCCCGACAUUAACAUUGACUACAACUUCACCGACGACAACAUGUCAUAUCCGAAAGCCGGUCACCGGUGGUUCCCCCACACAAACCUCACAUACGGUUUUCUUCCUGAAAACCAAAUCCCAGCCAACAUGACCAAGGUGUUUAGAGAUUCCUUCGCUCGGUGGGCCCAGGCCUCUGGGGUUUUGAAUCUCACCGAGACAACCUACGACAACGCCGACAUCCAAGUAGGGUUCUACAACUUCACUUACUUAGGAAUUGAUAUCGAGGUGUAUGGUGGCAGCCUUAUAUUUUUGCAACCCGAUUCUACCAAGAAAGGGGUUAUACUUCUCGACGGUACCAAUAAGUUGUGGGCUCUUCCCAGUGAAAACGGUAGGUUGUCGUGGGAGGAAGGAGUUUUGGACUUGGAGAGUGCGGCAAUGCACGAGAUAGGGCAUUUACUAGGGCUUGACCACUCUAACAAAGAGGACUCUGUUAUGUACCCUUGCAUAUUGCCUUCACACCAACGAAAGGUGCAGCUCUCGAAAUCUGAUAAGACCAACGUUCAGCAUCAGUUUGCUAACGUAGAGGACUCUGCAGGCCACGUAGGGCGUUUGGGAGUGAGUUUAAUUACCACUUUGUCUCUUGGAUUCGCUUACUUACUUCUCCUUUUGUAUUAAUUAGGUCUACUCGUGCGUCACGCUUUACCUUGGUUGUAAUAAUUUUAUGAUUGUUGAAUGUGCAUCAGUGCAUGUUCCCCCGCGCAUGAUUUCUUUUUGUUUUACUCGUACGUGUCGUUGUUUCUUAUUGGUCUUUGGACAUCUUGUAUAUCUUAAUAAAUAAAAGAUUGUUGUUUUUUUAUUUCA